UAGAAACGACCACAAUUCUAAAAUAUUUUACUUACUACCCUCCUGGUUAACGAAAAGCUCCCGCGAUUCGCAGAUUUGGGAGGGGCUUUAGCCUCUGAGUAUCGGCUAGCUACUGUUUGUAAGGUAAGAAAGAUGUCAGACCUAGACAGGCAAAUAGAGCAACUAAAGAAGUGUGAGCCCUUGAAAGAAUCCGAAGUGAAAGCUCUUUGUCUUAAAGCCAUGGAAAUCCUCGUUGAAGAAAGCAAUGUUCAAAGGGUUGAUGCCCCUGUUACUAUAUGUGGUGAUAUCCAUGGGCAGUUUUAUGAUAUGAAAGAGCUUUUUAAAGUAGGGGGUGAUUGCCCAAAGACAAAUUAUCUGUUUCUUGGAGAUUUUGUUGACAGAGGGUUUUACUCUGUGGAGACCUUUCUACUUCUAUUGGCCUUGAAGGUGAGAUAUCCGGAUCGCAUAACACUCAUUAGAGGGAACCACGAAAGUCGUCAGAUCACACAGGUAUAUGGAUUCUAUGACGAAUGCCUGCGUAAAUAUGGCUCUGUGAAUGUUUGGAGAUAUUGCACUGACAUAUUUGAUUACUUAAGUCUUUCAGCACUUAUUGAGAACAAAAUUUUUAGCGUCCAUGGUGGUCUCUCUCCUGCAAUAUCAACUUUGGAUCAGAUUCGAACAAUUGAUCGGAAGCAAGAAGUACCUCAUGAUGGUGCCAUGUGUGACCUGUUGUGGUCAGACCCUGAGGAUAUUGUUGAUGGUUGGGGUUUGAGUCCCCGAGGUGCUGGUUUCCUGUUUGGUGGCAGUGUUGUCACUUCGUUCAACCACACAAACAACAUUGACUAUAUAUGCCGUGCUCAUCAGUUGGUUAUGGAAGGAUACAAGUGGAUGUUUAAUAACCAGAUAGUUACAGUCUGGUCGGCUCCCAAUUACUGUUACAGAUGCGGUAAUGUUGCUGCAAUUCUUGAGUUGGAUGAGAAUCUUAACAAGCAAUUUCGCGUGUUCGAUGCAGCACCUCAGGAAUCAAGAGGAGCUCCUGCCAAAAAGCCUGCACCAGAUUACUUUCUAUGAAUCAGAUGUGAAGUGUGACCUUUUUUAGUCGAUUACACUUGAAUUGAUCAAUGGGAGGAUUUGCUGUCACUUGGCGCAUAUGUUCUCCUACAAUAGCAGAAACAUCAAUGGAUAGCCUGCUCAAUGAUUAGCGAGAAUUAUACUUUCAAUUUGUGAUGAGAUUACAUUAUUGGGCAUGCCUUCCUUGUUUUGCUCCUACCUUGAUCAAUAUGUGCUUGUAAUAGUAGUGUGUAUUGAGUAGCAUGUUCUGUGCUGGUGAAUCCCUGGUGUAUUUCCUUGUUAUUUUAGGGCAGUGGGGAAGAGAGAGAGAGAGAGAGAGAGAGAGAGAGAGAGAGAGAGAGAGAGUACGAUUCUUAACAAGAAUUGGCUUAGGAACAGCGGAGAGUGAGUUGUUGCAACCAUGAUUCUUAUAUGAGAAUUUUUCAAAUUGGUUUUGUGCACCAAUCUAGUGCCAUACAAGUUCAUUUGAUUGUCAAAUGCUGCCAUGGUUCUUUUGUUUCAUAUGUACAAGACCCAGGCAUCCUUUUGUAUGGAGCUCUAUUUUCUUUCCUUCCAUAUUUCUUCGUCA